AUGUCCGCCAACGCAAAUCCGAGUCCUACAGGUCCAUUACCUGACGAAAUGGGUAAACCAUUGGAAGAGUCUUUGACACAUAUCGUCGCGAAUUCCGAGGCUCAUUCCGGGGCGAAGAGGGAUCAACUUGCACCUAGUGAAAUACGAGCCGAUGCGGUGCACUCUCAUGGUCCGGCCAGUACGAAAUGGAUCGCCCACUUCUUUCCAUCGGCCGAGACUGUAGACAAGCUGUUCACUUACGAGCAUAUGGGGAACUAUGUAAUCGACAGACAGACAGGACGAAAGAUCUUUGAGACUAUGCCAGUGUACGUCAGAGUCGGCAUGCAUUUGCUCUUUGUGUCCGGGUGCACGUAUAUGACCUAUCCGUCGGUCGAGCAAUUGCUUGAGAAACAGAGUAUCAAGCAGGGAAAGAUUUACGACCAAACAGGCGAGGGAGUGCUCGAGCACAUCCGGAGUUUUGUGGAGACCUACCAACUGCCAUUGGACGAGCUCCUGGUACAGGACCUAACUCAGUAUCCUACUUUCAACUCUUUCUUCUCGCGCAGAUUGAAAGCUACCGCACGGCCUAUCACUUUACCUGAAGAUCCGACUAUCCUCGUGUCCCCUGCCGACUGUCGAAUGACUGUGUUCCAGACUGUUGACCAGGCAAAACAGUUUUGGAUCAAGGGUAAAAAGUUCACCAUCCCUCAAUUGCUCAACGGCGACGAUACGACCGAGACGCGUUUCUCAGCACUCACCGAUGAUUCGAAAUGUUCGCUGGUCAUUGCCCGCUUGGCGCCGCAGGACUAUCACAGAUUCCAUUCCCCUGUUGAGGGUACGUUGGUGGCUUUGAAAGAGAUCAAGGGGGAGUUGUACACUGUCAAUCCGCAAGCUAUCAACGAGGAUCUCAAUGUUUUCACUUUGAACAAACGCCAGGUCAUGCUGUUACAUGUCAACUUGGGUCCGGGAAGGGAGGCAGUACCAGUUGCUUUCGUCGCCGUUGGAGCAAUGCUGGUAGGCUCGAUAGGAUGGUCUAAGCAACUCGGAGAUAAAGUGUCCAAAGGUGAAGAGCUUGGAUGGUUCCAGUACGGGGGCUCGACGUGCAUUGUCGUUUUUCCUUCUUCCGCUGGACUGGAGUUCGACGCAGACCUGCGGGACAAUUCGGAACGUGAAACCGAAACGUUGGUCAGAGUGGGAAUGGAGAUCGCCAAGGUUGUAUGA